AGUUUCAUGUCCUACUAGUACUUAUUUUCAGUACCUUAUACUGUUCACCUUUAAUCUUUUACCCUUUUUCUAAUCCUUCCCGCGCUUUAAAUCCCACUUUUCCCACCUCCAUCUCCGGCUUCAAUCUGCUUAUGGUCAAAGUUUUGUGCCUACUUUUCAGCUUAAAAUCUUAUCUUUGAGGGACUUUAAGCCCAAAACCCUUUUCUUGGAUUUCUUCCUUGGUAUCCAAGUUCCCUAUCUUCACUGAAUACUUUCAAGUUCAUGCCGGCUUAUUUUUUGCUUCUAAGAUGGAUGCAGUGAAACCCAAAUCAUCAGCCUUCAACAAUAAGAGCAAGCUAGCGCGUACUUUUCAUAAAGUUAUCAACCUUCGGGCGGCAACAAGAAUUGCCUCAAACAAUGGGAUUUGCAUGCUCACAUCGCAAGCAAAAGUGAAGGAGGAUUUUUUCACUGAUAGAAAGUCGCAGCAAUUUGACAAGAAUGAAGAUACAAGAGGCCGGCAGCAGAGAGCUGUACUGGAAGCUAUGGUGGCGAAGCUUUUCGCCGGCAUUACUUCGAUCAAAGCGGCUUAUGCCGAGCUCCAAAUGGCUCAGCAUCCUUACAACGGCGAAGCCAUUCAGGUUGCCGACCAGGCCGUGGUGGACGAGCUGAAAACGAUAUCCGAGGUCAAGCGCAGCUUCUUGAGAAAAGAACUCGAUAUUUCUCCCCAGGUCACUCUCAUGCUGGCGGAGAUUCAAGAGCAGCAGGCCUUGAUGAAGACCUACGAGAUCACCAUCAAGAAACUGGAGGCGGAGGUCGAGCUCAAAGAGUACGACAUCGCUUCGCUCCAGAACCAGCUCAACGACGCCGUUGCGUUCAACAAGUUAUUAGAAAAGAGGUUAAACUCAAGUGGGCCUUUGUCAAUGUUCGACAGUCUUCGGCUAACGAGACUCAACGUGACCCAUUUCGUCCAGUUGCUUCACCACGCGCUAAGAUCCAUUCGUAGCUUCGUCAGGUUGAUGAUUCGUGAUAUGGAGUCAGCGAACUGGGAUCUUGACGCCGCCGUCAAAUUCAUCGAGCCCGGCGCCGUUUUAACAAAGCCAAGUCACCGCUUCUUCGCUUUCGAAUCUUUUGUGUGCGUAACCAUGUUUGAGGGCUUCAAUUUCCCUCAAUUUGAUCAGUCUCAACGACAACCUCUCGACAAACACCGCCACCGCCUCUUCUUCGACAAGUUCAAGAAGCUGACAAACGUAAAUCCCAAGCAUUUUCUUUCCCAGAACCCAAACUCGUCGUUUGCGAAGUUCGCGAGGUCCAAGUACCUCCGCCUCGUACACGCGAAGAUGGAAUGCUCUCUCUUCGGCAACUUGAACCAGCGGAAGCUUGUGAACUCCGGGGGAGUCCCUGACUCCGCGUUCUUCGUAGCGUUCGCUGAGAUGGUUAAGCGCGUGUGGCUUUUGCAUUGCUUGGCAUUCUCGUUCGACGAAGAGAUUACCGUUUUUCAGGUGAGGAAGAACUGUAGGUUCUCUGAAGUCUACAUGGAAUGCGUGGCCGAGGAAGCGUUGAUCUCUUCCGGUGAAAUUGCCGGUGACGAUAGCGGUGGCGGUUGCGGUUGCGGUGGCGGUGGCGGUGGCGAGCUCCGCGUGGGUUUCACGGUCGUGCCAGGGUUCAAGAUUGGAAAAACCGUGAUACAGAGUCAGGUUUAUUUGUCUCCGACUACUACUCCGGCGAGUUGCUAAAAUUUUUUGUAUAUUGCUUGUCAAAACGACAAUACUCACGCGCUAUAUCACACGCUCCGCAGUUAGUCUGCUAGUUCUUUUAUAUAAUGGAGUUUUAGAUGCAUAUCAUAUAUAAUGUAUAAUUGUAUCAAAAUGAUUGUAAUCAAAGGGCCCGCGUGAGGAAAUUGACCCA